CGUAGUAUUUGUGUGUGUAGCAUUAUUUCUCUCUCAAAUGUAUAUAUAUUAGCAUAACGAGUGGUGGCUGCUGUGUAUAACAAAGGGACAUUAUAAGACGGUCAUGGCGACUACUUUUACCAAUCCUUCCCAGUUGUUACCGCUUGAACUGGUAGACAAAUGUAUUGGAUCUCGCAUUCAUAUCAUCAUGAAAAACGACAAGGAAAUUGUUGGUUCCUUGCAGGGAUUUGAUGACUUUGUCAAUAUGGUGCUUGAAGAUGUUCUAGAAUUUGAAAGCACACCUGAAGGACGUAGAGUUACAAAAUUAGACCAAAUAUUGCUAAAUGGCAACAACAUUACCAUGUUGGUACCUGGUAGUGAGGGUCCAGAAACUUGAAGAGAAAGAUACAGCAUGUGUAAUGGAUUCCAUUUUGUAUUCAUUAUUUAUAAAUAAAUAUUAAUUUUUUUUUU